AUUGGAAAUGGCAGUCCUGUCGCUGUGUUGUGAAUGGGCAGAAAAGUACGUGGUCUGUGAUCGUGUGGGAUGAUGGUUGGGCAUCAUUAAUACAGAGUUGACAGCAAAGGGUACUCUGUCAACUGGGAAAACAAAAGAGAAGAACUUGGAGGAAUGGUUAAGGUUUGAGGUUCUUGUUCAAGAAGUUGUUUAUUUGAUAAACAAUGAUCCCAAGAAUCCAGCUGCUUUUGGUGCCUGUGUUUAUCCAAUUUUUGGGUAUAGUGGCUUUGACAGAUAACAAUGAUUAUGUCGCUUUAAAGUCCCUCCAAGAUGGUUGGGAGAAUGUACCUCCCACUUGGAAAGAAGGGUCUGAUCCUUGUGGUGAUCACUGGGAAGGAGUUGGUUGCAAUGGUUCAAAAGUGGUUUCAUUAACUUUAUCAAGCAUGGAUCUGAGUGGCAAGCUCUCUGGAGAUAUUGAGGGGCUAUCCGAGUUGCAGAUUCUGGAUCUAUCGUACAACAAAGGUUUGGAAGGACCUCUUCCUCGGGAAAUUGGAAACUUAAAGAAUUUGUAUAAUCUAAUCCUUGUUGGGUGUGGGUUUUCUGGACCAAUUCCAGACACAAUAGGAUCUUUGAGCAAGCUGAAAUAUCUAUCACUGAAUUCAAACAAGUUCAUUGGGCCAAUACCGCCUUCCUUGGGUAAAUUGUCGGAACUCUAUUGGCUGGAUUUGGCUGACAAUGAUCUAACUGGAAGUAUUCCCGUCUCUGACGGGAACACACCUGGUCUUGAUAUGCUUGUUGGAACACGACACUUUCACUUCGGAGGGAACCAAUUCACGGGCGAGAUUCCAGCUCAGCUUUUCAGCUCGAAUAUGAAAUUGAAGCAUUUGUUGCUCGAGCAAAAUCAGCUUAAAGGAAGCAUCCCGGAAACAUUGGGAUUAGUUCGAACUUUGGAGGUUGUCCGUCUUGACAGGAAUUCAUUGAGUGGAUCUGUUCCAUCGAACCUUAACAAUCUCACAUCCGUUAGUGAACUGCACUUGUCAAACAAUAAUUUGAAAGGCCCCUUCCCAAACCUCACUGACAUGAGUCUUCUCAACUAUGUAGAUAUGAGCAAUAACACUUUUGAUCCAACAGAUUUCCCAUCAUGGUUCUCGACUUUGGAGUCUCUUACAACAUUAGUAUUGGAUAAUACAGGACUAGAAGGACUUAUUCCACCAUCAUUUUUCAGUCUUGUUCAGUUGCAGAAUGUCAUCAUGAGGAAUAACAAACUUAAUGGCACACUGAAUAUUGGCACCACCUACAGCAGCCAAUUGCAACUAAUCGAUCUGCGGAAUAAUCUUAUAGACUCAUUUACACAGAGAAAAGGAUAUCACUUUCAGAUUAGUCUCGUAGGCAAUCCAUUAUGUUUGGAAGGAAGCGGUGGAAGUUAUUGCGCUGUUCCCCAACUGUCUAAGUCCUCUUAUUCAACUCCCACAAAUUGCUUAUCUAGUCAGUGCACCUCUGAUCAAAUAUCCAGUCCUAAUUGUAAAUGUGCUUAUCCAUAUACCGGGAAUCUAGUUUUUAGAGCCCCUUCCUUCUCCAACUUGGGAAACUCGAGUAUAUUCGAUGCCCUUCAAGAGUCUAUGAUGCAUUCGUUCAAAUCUCAAGAGCUCCCGGUGGAUUCAGUUUCCCUGAGCAAUCCGGCAGAUAAUCUGAAUGAUUAUCUUGUAGUGCACCUGCAAGUUUUCCCAAAUGGCAUGGACCAUUUCAACCGGACUGGAGUUUCUGCAAUCGGAUUUGCACUUAGCAAUCAGACUUUCAAGCCACCUCCAUCCUUUGGACCGUUUUUCUUUCAACCCGAUGUUAACUAUAAAUUCUUUGAUGGUGAUUCCACAGGAUCGGGCAAGUCAUCGAGUACAGGAAUUAUAAUCGGAGCAGUUGUUGGUGGUUCAGUCCUUGUGAUAUUAGUACUUAUAAUCGGAGUUUAUGCGUUCUGCCAAAAGAGAAAAGCUCAAGAUGCAGCUAAAAAGCAUGAUCCUUUCGCAUCAUGGGAUCGAUCCAAAAGCAGUGGCGCCGUCCCCCAACUACAGGGAGCAAAGUUUUUCUCGUUUGAAGAGCUCGCGAAAUGCACAAAUAACUUCUCAGAAGCCAAUACUGUUGGAUCUGGAGGUUAUGGGAAGGUAUACAGAGGAGCUCUUCCUCAUGGGCAACUAAUUGCCAUCAAAAGAUCUCAGCAAGGAUCUAUGCAGGGCGCUCCCGAGUUCAAAUCUGAGAUUGAGCUCCUCUCGAGGGUUCACCACAAGAACGUCGUUGGCCUUGUUGGGUUUUGUUUUGAUCAAGGCGAACAGAUACUGAUCUAUGAAUUUAUACCGAAUGGUACACUGAAAGAAAGUCUGACAGGGAAAUCGGGAAUCAAGUUAGAUUGGAUGAGGAGACUUAGGAUAGCUCUUGGAGCAGCCAAAGGGCUGCAGUAUCUACAUGACCUUGUAAACCCGCCCAUCAUCCACCGAGACAUCAAAACAAAUAAUAUUCUGCUGGAUGAACGCUUGAAUGCUAAAGUUGCAGAUUUCGGUCUCUCCAAGUCUCUAGGCGAACAAGAGAAGGCUCAUAUCACCACUCAAGUUAAAGGAACUAUGGGGUACUUGGAUCCUGAAUAUUACAUGACGAAUCAGUUGACAGAGAAGAGCGAUGUUUACAGCUUCGGGGUGGUGCUUCUGGAGAUCAUAACCGCAAGGCCACCUAUUGAGAAAGGAAAGUACAUUGUUCGAGAAGUGAAGCAAGCGAUGGAUAAGACUAAAGACAUGUACGACCUUCAAAGCCUUCUCGACCCAGCCAUUGCCCCAAGCGUGACGCCUAGAAGUCUAGAGAAGUUCGUCGAUAUAGCCUUGAGGUGUCUCGAAGAUGUGGCGACCCAACGGCCAACAAUGAGAGAAGUGGUGAAAGAGAUCGAGAGCAUCAUGGAAAUGGUGGGGCUAAACCCUCACGCCGACUCUGCUUCGACUUCCGAGAGCUAUUCGGGAGUGAGCAAAGGCUCUGAACAUCCUUACAGUGAUGAAAGCCUCUCUGUCUACACUGGAGUGCUUCCCAAGUGAAGAUAAAAACAGAUUUUAGUGUUUGAACUUUUUGUUCUAUUGUGACAUUUGUAUAUGUUUGUUUGCAUUAUUUCUUCGAGAUGGAUCAAGUGUAUAGUAGCAUAUAUAUAUAUUAUUGAAUGCAAAUCUGAAUUGAGUGAAA